AUGUUCGGCACUACCAUUCUCAAUCAGACCUCCAUCACGCUCACUCAUCAUCACAAUAACUGUAUCUCAAAUCCACCAGAUUCAAACAUCGGAAGAGUAUUCUACAAACACCCAAUUCGAUUUCUUGAUUCUUCAUUCAAUUCCACCGAUUCUUUCUUCACCCGUUUCACGUUCACCGUCAUCCCUCCGCCGCCUCCCUGUCUCUCCGGCGAAGGAAUUGCGUUCUUGAUCACGUCGGAUUCAAACUCCUUGUCACGCUCAGUUGGGUCUCUUGGUUUACCUAAACCAAUCGAUCUGAAAACACUUGAUUCUUCGUUCUUGGCUGUGGAAUUCGACACCAAUUUUGACCAGGGUCUUGAUGAUAUCAACGACAAUCAUGUUGGGGUUGAUUUGGAUUCCAUUGUUUCUGUAGCUUCGGUGGAUUUAAUGACAAAUGGGAUCAAUUUGAAGAGUGGGAAACAGAUAACAGCUUGGAUUGAGUACAGAAACCCAGAAAAGAUCAUCCAGAUUUGGGUCGGGUACACCCAGACCAAACCUGAAAACCCCAUUCUCGUAUCACCUAUCGAUCUUUCAAAGCGAUUCAGUGGUUAUAUGUAUGUGGGUUUCUCUGCUGCUAAUGGAAGAGGAUCUGCAACACAUUUGAUCGAAAGUUGGUAUUUCAAGACGUUGGAAUCUAUGUCUCCGAUCAUCGACAUUGACGCAGUUGGGCCGGGAAACUGCUUCAUAUGUUUUCCGGUGGCUCCUGUGAAAGAAGAACACCAAACGGGCUUACCAAAUAAUCAUCAUAAAGACAAAAGGGUGUUUCAAUUAGCUGUUGGAUUAUUAGCUCUCAAUCUGAUUUUGAUUCUUUUAACUGUGGGUUUCGUAGUGUUUUACAUGUGUGUAUUAAAAAGAAGAAAUCAGAUGCCAGAUCUCAUUGAACAAGGACAAAUCCGUACAUUUCAGGAGAAAAAAAUGCCCAGAAGAUUGGAACUCUCUGUAAUCAGAUCAGCCACAAAAGGAUUUAGCAGGAAUCAAAUCAUCAGUCAACGACCUUCUGCAACUGUGUAUGAAGCCAAUCUUCCGCCGUAUGGUAACGUCGCCGUGAAAAGAUUUCGCCAACCCACCAAAACAGGAUCGUUUGGGAGUCAAUUCGCUGCAGAAUUCGCAACAAUGGUGGGUUCGUUAAGCCAUAAAAACCUAAUGCAGCUUCAAGGAUGGUGUUGUGAGCGAAACGAAUUAGUCCUGGUUUACGAAUACAUGCCCAAUGGAUCACUCGACAAGAUUCUUCACACUCGAAUAACUCCCAGUAGAUUGAAUUUCGGAACGAGAUUGAACGUUCUGCUCGGAGUUUCAUCGGCGCUGAUCUAUCUACACGAAGAAUGCGAACGUCCGAUCAUCCACCGGAAUGUAAAAAGCUGUAACAUAAUGUUGGAUGUUGAUUUCACUCCAAAAUUAGGCGAUUUCGGAACGGCGGAGCUUUACGAGCAUAGCUCGAGGGCGAGGGAAGCGACGGUUCCGGCGGGCACAAUGGGCUACCUUGCUCCUGAAUACGUCUACUCCGGCGUCCCGACUGUGAAAACCGACGUGUACAGUUUUGGGGUGUUGGUGCUGGAGGUGGCUUCAGGGCGGCGGCCGGUGGAUGAGAACGGGACAAUGAUGACUGAUUGGGUGUGGGAUUUGUGGGAGGAUAAGGAAUUGGUUGCUGCUGCAGAUCCUAAUUUGAUGGGGAGAUUUCAUCGGAUGGAUAUGGAGAUGAUGUUAAUGGCUGGGUUGAUAUGUGUUCAUCCAAAUUACGAGAUGAGACCCACCAUGAAGGAGGCGAUGCGGAUGCUGCAAGGUGGGUUACUUCCAGAUUUGCCGGCGACAAAGCCGACGGUGAUGAUUCGGUCGGUUAAUUUUGACAAGUCGCCGGAAGCGGUGGUGAGGUGUGGUGUUGACGAAGGUAUGACGUCAUGGGGAACACCAAAGAGUCAUUUUAGUAAACAUUAG